CUUCAGGGGCCCACCUGUCAGAAGAUAGCGUAACCCUUGAGGUCGCAUUGUCAUUAACAUCUUCAGAUGACUCUUUAUAAGCCAACAGACCCAAGAGAAGGUGAACAAGUCCAGAAAUAGUACAGUCUGCCUGUUGCACCAUCUAAAGACAUGGGCAGGUUCAUGCAUCAAGCUUUGUGUCUGCUCUGGGUGGCACCAGUCCUCAGCAUUUUCCGAGGGAACGACUACCGUCGCAACUCCCUCGUCGGCCGUUACAGAUAUGUAUCUCCAUCUUCCCCCACGUACUACCCUGUCCCCGGCGCUCCCGCAUCUACUUACCCCCACCCUCCAGUCUAUCCCUCGUCUGGGGAUAAGUACCCUGAGAGUUAUCCUACCCAUCCCACCCCUUACUACCCUCCCUCGGAAUACAAUGCGCCUCCUAAGCCUUAUGGAUCGGAUCAGUACAGUAACCAGGAGUACGAAGCUCCUAAGUCAUCUUUGUACCCUGUAGACUAUGGCAAACUGCAGGCUGCCGGCAACGGCGAUUACAGGCAAUCAGGGUACAGCAGCGACCACACAGCCAAAUCGGCAGAAUAUGAAGACAGCUACACAUCUGUAGCAUACGAUAGCAGAACCGCAGCUGCAAGAAGCAAUAUUCCUCUCAAAUCUUCAAGCAAUGACGACUACAAACUUUCAGGCAAUGACUACAAAUCUUCAGGCAAUGUCUACAAAUCUUCAGGCAAUGACUACAAAUCUUCGGGCAAUGACUACAAAUCUUCAGGCAAUGACUACAAAUCUUCAGGCUCUGACUACAAAUCUUCAGGCUCUGACUACAAAUCUUCAGGCAAUGACUACAAAUCUUCGGGCAAUGACUACAAAUCUUCCGGCAAUGACUAUAAAUCUUCAGGUAAUGACUACAAAUCUUCAGGCAAUGACUACAAAUCUUCGGGCAAUGACUACAAAUCUUCAGGCUCUGACUACAAAUCUUCCGGCAAUGACUAUAAAUCUUCAGGCAAUGACUAUAAAUCUUCAGGCAAUGACUACAAACCUUCAGGCAAUGACUACAAACCUUCCGGCAAUGACUACAAAUCUUCCGGCAAUGACUACAAAUCUUCAGGCAAUGACUACAAAUCUUCAGGCAAUGACUACAAAUCUUCGGGCAAUGACUAUAAAUCUUCAGGCUCUGACUAUAAAUCUUCAGGCAAUGACUACAAAUCUUCAGGCAAUGACUAUAAAUCUUCAGGCAAUGACUAUAAAUCUUCAGGCAAUGACUACAAAUCUUCAGGCAAUGACUAUAAAUCUUCAGGCAAUGACUACAAAUCUUCAGGCUCUGACUAUAAAUCUUCAGGCAAUGACUAUAAAUCUUCAGGCUCUGACUACAAAUCUUCAGGCAAUGACUACAAAUCUUCAGGCAAUGACUAUAAAUCUUCAGGCUAUGACAACUCCAAGUCUGCAAGCUAUGUUGUCCCCAAGUCUUCAGACUAUGACGACUACAAACCUUCAGGCAAUGACUACAAACCUUCAGGCUAUGCUAGCGCCUAUGGGUCCUCGGAGUACGGCGGGAAUUUGGGUACCUCCCUCGGGUCCCAGAUUGUUAAGUUCGGCAAUGGCUACACUUCGCUGCGCAGGCUCGAAGCAACAGACGCAAACAACGAUCUGUACUUGUCCUCCGGAUCCACCAACUACCUCUACAUCCUCCAGAAGUAUGGGAUGAAGGAAGACCCUUGCAAGCACGGGGUGAGGGCUUUCCCGGUGUGGGACGUGUGUUUCGCCUACUUCACGUGCGAGGUCGACGGGUACGGCAAGGCCAACGGGGUCAAGUGGCAUGACUGCGGGGACGGCAACAGGUUUGAUGCUGGCCAAGGCCGGUGUGUGUCGGACCCCACCUGCAAGUCAGCUUGCCAGAACGCUCCUCACAUCAAGCCGACCUAUGACCCGUACAAGUUUGUUCUUGGCGACAAGGUGAUGGACUGUGCAGCCGGCACCUACUUCGACUUCCGCCAGUGCACGUGCGACCACAUCAGACUACGAGACUACUGAGGUGACGGUGCAGACAAUAACCAGCACAUGGAAGUUUCUCCCUCUGCAUGACAGCUAAACCUGGAAAUAUUUUGUUUACUGGAUUAAACUAGGAAAGGAAAUAUU